AUGGAUAUUUUCAUGCACAUUUUACGUGAUCUCAUUUAACUCUCACCAUAUCUCAGUAAUUGAACAUAAUUGAUACUAUCCAGGCUGAGUUUGUUGACCUGUACAUGCGAUGGAAAUGUUCCACUUGCAACUGCAUCAUGGUUGCCAAGGACCAUGUGUCCAUCCAGAUGAACUUAGCCAAAAUUGACGAGGUCACAGGCAGGUUUAAUGGCCAAUUUAAAACCUAUAUUGUCUGUGGGGGAUUUCUCAGAAUGGGUGAGUCAGAUGACUCCAUUCUCUGACUGGUCAAGUCUGACAGCAUCUCAAACAACUUCUGAUUAGUGAGAAUCAUGAGUGUGAAAUAUUUGUCAUAAAUAAAUAGUGAAACCCCUCAUUUUCUCCAUCUAAAAUUAAUGGGUUCAAUUAAUUUUAAAUGACAUUUUCCAAACAAAGGAUAUGAGUCUUAGAGAUUUGCUGCAGGUGCAGAGCAAGAAA